AUGCAGACUGGCGAGGAGGCGCACCACCGAGGUCAGUAGGCGCGGCACAGGACAGCAAGGCCGGGCAGCGACCGACAGCAUGAUAUGUGACGUUGGGAUCCACCCUGCUGCCUUCCCUGCAGAUGCCGACUUCUGGGACCCCUUCAAACACGUCAACAGACAGCCUACACAGCAGUGCCUUCGGUCAGCCGCCACGGAGGGAGGGAGGGAGGGAGUGCGCGGCGCGUGUGGCACCUGCACACUCGUGUGUCUGCGUGUGUGUGUGUGCAGUCGCGUGAAGGCUGACAUCCGUCAGAUCAUCAAGAACCCACUGCCUGGUACCAACCGUCGGUCAACACACAGAUUGGCAGGCAGAUCUGGUGGUUGACCAAGGUUUCUCUGCAGGCGUGGUUGUGUGUCCGGAUGAGAACAUCGCAACGGUAGCUCACGCCCUAGUGCUAGGACCAGGUAAGGUAGGGUAGGGAACGAACCGAGCAGACGACACGACACGACACGGACGGACCUCUUGUGAGGCUAGGCGAGGCGAGCGAUGUGUCUGUGUGGUGUGGUGUGGUGUGGUGUGUGUGUGACGUAUGUCAGCUGACACUCCGUACGAGGGUGGGUUCUUCUACUUCAUCGUCAACUGCCCCGACACAUACCCAAACGAGCCGCCCAAGUAACCAACACAACACACUGCUGUUUACACACGGAUGCGGGCAGUGCAACGGUGGCUCCUCAUCGCAUCGCCGCUGUCUUCGCGUGUGGUGUGGUGUGGUGUGGUGUGGUGUGUUGUGGUGUGUUCAGGGUGAAGCUCGUGACGACGGGCAAUGGGCGGGUGCGGUUCAACCCCAACGUGAGUGAGCCUCACACAAUACACGGAGAGAGAGCUGGCGGAAGUGCCGUGUGUUGUAUGUGUGGUGUGUGUGGGUGUGUGCAUGUGUGUUCAGCUGUACGCCAAUGGCAAGGUGUGCCUGUCCAUCCUCCACACCUGGGUCGGACCAGGUCAACCAACCAACCAAACAUACACACACACACAACGCGCACAUAGACAAAACAGACAUCACACACCAUAUGCGGCACACGUGCUGUGCUGUGCUGUGCUGUGGUGUGGUGUGGUGUGGUGUGGUGUAUGUGUGUGGCACCGUACCAGGCUGGAGUCCGGUGCAUUCGCUGUCCAGCGUGCUGCUGUCGAUCCAGACGCUCAUGAACGAGAAGCCCUACCACAACGAACCUGGAUACGAAGGACCCGAACGCACUCCGGGAGAGGUACGCAACGCAAUGACUGACUGACGUCACAAUGACCACAACAACACCACAGGCCUCAUGUCUGUGUGGCCGUGUCCCCCAGGCUGCCGCCUACAACGAUGUGCUGCGCUACGAGACCCUCCGCGAGGCCGUGUGUUCGGUGGUCGAGUCCAUCCUCGCCGACGAAGGCAAGACCUCGCCCCCUCCCGACCAGCCUGCCAGGUCAUCGAGUGCCGCCCAGGCAUCCCACCCCAGCAGCCAGCCACAGCCCGCUCCUCCGGCGUCCAUGCCGUCGACGAGCAGCACUUCGUCGGCAUCCGCGAGCGACAAGGAGGGUGAGUACGCCAGGAAGCUGCUCGACAUGAGCAGGCGAUACGCGUCGGGCAGCGGGCGGCUGCCGGACAACCUGCGGGGCAUUGUCAAGGAGAGCUUCGUGGAGCAGUUUGCCUUUUACGAGGGCGUGUGCAACGAGAA